GGCAGAUGCCGAGCCAACCACAUUAUCGAGCAACGCAGCCCCUUACCCCUAUUCUAUUUGCUGCCCGGUCUUGGUAACAACACUUUGGUGCAGCAACACAUCACGCAGCACGCACCGUGGGGACCUUCUGCACGAGUUGAAGACCCCACCUACCCUUGCUGUGCGGUGUUGACAGGAACACUCAGAAAGGCUGCUGGCCUCUUGGCUGCAUUGCCGUGCCGCUCAUUACAGGCCUGGUCCUUGGUAGCCUUGUAUAUAUAUACAAGACCAAGGCGCGAUGCCAGAAGACGCAGAGGCCAACGAAGACUACUUGCGUGUCAUGUCUGAGAGUGAGAACGAAUACGACGAUAUUGAAACACCAGUCAAAAACGAGGACGGAAAAAUGUCAGACCAAAACGUGGCUUCAGCGGGCGUCGAUGCCAAUGGGGAGGUUAAGAAGAAAUAUGACCCCAAAGACCCGAUGCGCCCCCGGAGGAAGAAAGCGCGGCGAGCCUGCUUUGCCUGUCAAAGGGCUCACCUAACCUGCGGUGAUGAGCGACCCUGUCAGAGGUGUGUUAAGCGUGGUCUGGCCGAUGCUUGCCAGGACGGUGUGCGGAAGAAGGCUAAAUACCUGCACGAUGCUCCGGCCGAAGCAUUGGGGCCCGUCCUGGGGCCAGGCUACAACCGAACGGCAGCUUCGUCCGCGCACACACAGUCUAACGGCCAGCGACACCCGUCCAGCGCAGGAUCCGACGCAUCGUCUACCGUCGGGACGUUUUUCUCCCCCGGUAACUCAUCGCAGUACCCGGUAUUCUCGUCCGGGCAACCCACUAUUUCGUCUCUACAAGAUGGCUUGGGAUUUGGGAGUCAGCAAUCGCCCAUGUCACCGACGUUCCAGACACCCAACUCCCAAAUGGCGGGGCUGGCUGCUCCACAGGUGUCCGGAGAAAUGUCGAACUUCGCCCCGGCGCUCUUCGACCCGAGCAACCCGGCAAUAUUCAACUUCAACCUCGAAGGCCUGAACUUUGGGAGCCAGUAUGGGGCGAUGGAGUUUGGUAUGCUCGGCCACAUGUCUUCCGGGGCUGCCGAGACACCACCCCGCGAUCCUUCCUCCCUCUCGCAACAGGGAGCAGGUGAUGCGAACUUCGGCUCGGCUGGCGUCUUUGGAAACGGGCUCAACCAGUAUGAAACCAACAAGGUCUAUGACCCCAAUGUGAUGGGGGACCUUAUCGGCAUGGACCACAAUGCAGCUGGCGUUUAUUCGCAAGGGAAUCUGCAGCAUGGCCUUCCCCAUGCUUAUGCUAUUGCGGCUGGGCCUUCAAGUCUCCAAAGUCCAAGCACGGAGAAUAACAGCCCUCAGCCGACCAACCUCGGCUUUGAAGGCUCGCCAACUAUGCCUUCAUACAGUAGCACACCUGGGCCUCCAACGCAGCCUCUUCCCCAUAACCGCCUGAAACCAAAGUCGACAUCGACGAGGCUGGGCCCUCAGUCGAUACUAGGCAAGCGCAACCGCGACCCUUCUUUUAUAUACGAGACUGUGAAAGAGCCGUACCAAUACGUCAAGAGCUUUCACAAGCUCAUCGCCUUCUUGCAGCACCGCUUUUCGGCCGCCAAGACGCUUCGUAUCGCCAAGUCGCUCGCGAGCAUCCGUCCGCCAUUCAUAUCAUGCACUCGGACGUUGAAUAGGCAAGACUUGGUCUUCAUGGAGAAGAGUUUCCAACGCGCCCUAUUCGAGUACGAUGAGUUCAUGCAACAGUGCUCCAGCCCGGCCAUCGUAUGCAGACGAACCGGCGAGAUAGCAGGUGUGAACAAGGAGUUCGCUGCGCUUACCGGAUGGACGAAGGGGGUUCUUCUCGGGCAGGAACCCAACCUCAACGUCAACACGGGUAUGUCUUCUGGCUCGUCGAGCGCCGUCAACACUGGGCGGGCGGGUUUGUCGACACCCUUAUUGAAGACACUCAACCAGCUGGAGUCCACAACGUCGACCGAGGGUCAACCGCAGCCAGUUUUUCUCGCAGAACUCAUGGAUGACGAUAGCGUCAUCGCGUUUUACGAAGACUAUGCGCAGCUAGCAUUCAACGACAGCCGAGGUCGGAUGAUCAGGAAAUGUCGCCUGCUCAAGUACAGGACUCAAGAGAGUAUCAACAACGCAGCAGGUCCCACGGACGAGACCCCUCAGAAGGAUCUGAGAGGCAGUAUCCUAAGUAAUAGGGUUGCCCGGAUCGACGGCGAGCAUGGAAUCUCGAAGCUGGAGAGGGAUGGCAAGCUCGAAUGCAGCUACACGUGGACCAUUAAAAGGGACACGUUCGAUAUACCGAUGAUGAUCAUCAUCAACUUUCUCCCCUGUUAUUACCGCAACCGGAACCAACUAGCUGUAUGAGCUGUCGUAUAAUUAAGGGAACAGGGCUGGUGAAGGAAAAUGGGUUACAAAAAGUCUUAUGGGGUUUUUCUCUUUGGCAUUUGCGGAGUUUUCGCAUCAGGUCACGGCGUUGAGAUACCUCUUGUGUCUUACGAGGAGAGUUUCACGGCGUAGACAGGGCUUGGGUUUUUUUGGGGGGGUUUU